ACUCUUCAGAAGCCAAACGCGAUAUCCUCUUUGAUGAUAGUCUGUUUGAUUAAGCACUAGAAAUGAUUGUAUAAUUUCCUAAACUCCCGCAUGGUAAUGUGAGAGAUUGAGAAACAAUGGCACAUUCACUAUCUUCAAUAUCCGCCACUGCUAAUGCCACAGCCGCCAGAUUCAGCAACCCACGAUGUUCCACCUGUCUCAGGCUUCCGAAUCUGCAGGCUCGCAGCCACGCGUGCAAUCAAACUGCACGUACCCAUCUCAUCUCCCGCAGGAACGCUGCAUUGAUCUUGACAGGGGCAAUGCUUGGACUGAAUAAUGUGGUUGUCCAGAGUGCAGAGGCGGCUGCCAGGAGGCCGCCGCCACCUCCCCCGCAAGAGAAGAAGGACCCCAAUCUGAGUGGAGUUCAGGCAAAAGUGCUAGCUAGCAGAAAGAGGAAGGAAGCCAUGAAAGAAGCUAUGGCCAAGCUAAGAGAGAGAGGGAAGGCUGUUGACCAGCCACCUCCUGAAUAAUUUCUCUGAAACAUAAACACUUUUUGAUGCUUUGCCUGUCCCUUCGGAUUACUAGUCUACCUGAAUAAAGAGUGCAUAUUGUAUUAACAACUCCAAACAAUUGUUUAAGGCUAUGACCUUGGAUAGGAUGUGUUCUAUAGAUUGUACUGAGUUCUAAGUG